ACCAAAUUUCGUUUAGAGGUGUUUGUAAAUCCUCUCCCACUUCUCACAAACCUCGCUUUCUCAGAUCUGUUUUACAGUGACCUAGUCGCCUUGAGCAUGGCGAUUCCUGGUUUUCUUCUUCUCCUACUGUUCUUAUCGUGCUCUCCGCCUGCCCUUUCACUUUACGAAGAUCAAGUCGGACUCAUGGACUGGCACCAACAGUACAUAGGAAAAGUAAAGCAGUCGGUGUUCCACACGCAGAAGGCCGGGCGAAAGCGCGUGAUCGUCUCCACCGAGGAGAACGUCAUCGCCUCGCUCGAUCUCCGGCGCGGCGAGAUUUUUUGGAGACAUGUUCUUGGAGCUUACGACGCCAUUGAUGAGAUUGACAUCGCGCUUGGAAAAUAUGUCAUUACCUUGUCGUCAGAGGGAAGUAUUCUGCGAGCUUGGAACCUUCCUGAUGGGCAGAUGAUUUGGGAAUCUUUCUUUUCAGGCUCAAGGCCAUCGAAGUCUUUGUUAUUUAUCCCGACAAAUUUGAAAGUUGACAAGGACAAUGUGAUCUUUGUUUAUGGGAACGGGUGUCUUCAUGCCGUUUCAAGCAUAGAUGGUGAGGUUCUCUGGAAGGAGCUUAUUGCUGAGGGGGUUGAGGUUCAAGAGUUGGUUCAUCCGCUUGGAAGUGAUAUUAUAUAUGCAGUUGGAUUUGAUGGAUUGUCCCAAUUUGUUGCAUGUCAAAUUAAUGCUAAGAAUGGUGAGUUGCUGAAGCAUGAGAGUGCAUCAUUUCCUGGUGGCUUUGCUGGGAAAAUAUCAUCAGUCUCAAGUAACAGUUUUUUGGUAUCUGAUGCCACUCACUCAGUUUUGGUAUUAGUAAGCGUCAAGGAUGGAGGAAUUAGCUUUCAACAAACAUAUAUCUCAGAUCUUGUGCCAGAUUUUUCUGGAACAGCUGUAGUGUUACCGACGAAGCUUACAGGGAUAUUUGCCAUAAAAAUCAAUGAAUUUGUUACGUUUGUUAAAGUGAUAGAUGAAGGAAAGUUGGAGGUUGUGGACCAAAUUGAUAAUGGAGCAGCUGUUAGUGAUGCUGUCGCAUUUUCAGAGGGUCAAGAAGCUUUUGCAUUUAUUCAACAUGAGGAGAAUAAGAUUCAACUCACUGUGAAGCAUGGUCUCGAGUGGAGUAGCGAUUUACUUAAGGAGAGUAUUGAGAUGGAUUGCCAGAGAGGGCUUGUGCAUAAGGUCUUCAUUAACAACUACGUCCGAACAGACAGGACUUACGGGUUUAGGGCAUUGAUUGUCAUGGAAGAUCAUUCGUUACACCUAGUACAACAAGGUGUUAUUGUUUGGAGUAGGGAGGAUGGGCUUGCAUCGGUCAUAGAUGUGACAACAUCAGAGUUACCUAUAGAGAAGCAAGGUGUUUCUGUGGCAAAAGUGGAGCAGAAUCUCUUCGAAUGGCUUAAGGGACAUAUGCUGAAGCUAAAAGGAACUCUAAUGCUCGCAAGCCCUGAUGAAGUAGCAGAAAUUCAAAGAAUAAGGUUGCAAAGCUCAGAGAAAAGUAAGAUGACCCGGGACCACAAUGGUUUUCGAAAGCUUCUCAUAGUACUUACUAGAGCGGGGAAACUUUUUGCUCUACACACUGGAGAUGGACGAGUUGUGUGGUCUCUCUUGCUCCAUACUUUGCGUAAAACAGAACAAUGCAACUCCCCUGGUGGGCUUAAAUUAUACCAGUGGCAGGUCCCACAUCAUCAUGCACUUGAUGAAAAUCCUUCUGUUCUUGUACUUGGGAGAUGCGGACGUAGUUUGGAUGCCAAUGGUGUCCUUUCAGUUGUUGACACAUACACAGGGAAGGAGCUUAGUUCUGUUGGUGCUUCUCAUUCCAUUGUGCAAGUUAUUCCACUGCCUUUUACUGAUUCAACUGAACAGCGCCUGCAUCUACUAAUAGAUGCUGACCAACAUGCCCACUUAAUCCCCAGAACUCGUGAGGCAGUCAGUAUUGUCCAACGUGAGUUUGGAAACAUAUACUGGUACUCAGUUGAAGCUGAUAAUGGCAUCAUAAGGGGUCAUGUCUUGAAGGACAACUGCGAUCUUGAGGUAUCAGAAGGGUUCUGUUUUAACACCCAAGGAUUAUGGUCCAUUGUCUUCCCCUCUGAGUCAGAAAAAAUCAUUACAACUAUGACAAGAAAAUCGAAUGAGGUGGUGCAUACUCAAGCCAAGGCUAUGUCUGAACAAGAUGUGAUGUAUAAAUAUGUAUCGAAAAAUCUUCUUUUCGUGGCUAAUGUUGCACCUAAAGCCAGAGGUGAUAUUGGCUUGGUGACCCCGGAGGAGUCAUGGUUGGUCGUGUAUCUUAUUGAUACUGUGUCUGGACGUAUACUGCACCGCAUGACUCAUCAUGGUGCUCAGGGUCCUGUCUACGUAGUUUUUAGUGAGAACUGGGUUGUCUACCACUACUUCAAUCUAAAAGCACACAGAUAUGAGAUGUCAGUCAUUGAGAUCUACGAUCAGUCUCGGGCGGAUAACAAAGACGUCUGGAAACUCGUUCUUGGAAAGCAUAAUCUUACUUCACCAAUUUCCUCCUAUUCUCGUCCUGAGGUCAUAACAAAGUCACAAACUUAUUUUUUCACCCAUACUGUGAAAUCAAUUGCAGUAACAUCGACAGCCAAGGGCAUCACAUCCAAGCAACUUCUUAUCGGCACAAUAGGUGACCAGGUUUUGGCUCUUGAUAAGCGUUUCCUAGAUCCUCGUCGAACAGUCAAUCCCACGCAAGCUGAGAAGGAAGAAGGCGUUAUACCUCUUACUGAUUCAUUGCCAAUCAUGCCACAGUCGUACGUGACCCACACCCUCAAAGUGGAAGGCCUCAGAGGCAUAGUAACGUCACCGGCGAAGCUUGAGUCAACAACCCUCAUCUUUGCAUACGGGGUGGACCUCUUCUUUACCCGGAUGGCACCAUCAAAGACAUAUGACUCACUUACAGAGGAUUUCAGCUAUGCUCUUCUUCUCCUCACAAUUGUUGUACUCCUGGUUGCAAUUGUUGCUACAUGGAUUUUGUCUGAGAGAAAGGAACUGCAAGACAAAUGGGGGUGAGCCAAGUCUUGUCUCUGAGUCGAAGAUUAUUAUCCUGUAUUACAGGAGCACCAGCAUGGCAUGUACACGUGCUACUCUUGACUAGGGAAGCUCCGCAAAAGGAAAUGGAUGUAACUGUCUCUGUCUCCCACUCUGCUAGUGGUCAGGUUCGCGCCAUCCAUCCCAUGACUAUUGCUCUAAUUGAUCGAGGACAACAAAUUUUAACAUGCCAAGUAGGUGCUAUGAGAUAACUUAGUGAUAACUCACUAGUCCAUCUUUGCUCUUUCUAAUUUUUCCUAGUCAAGUUUCUGUGAACUUUGUCUUUCAAACUGUCUUUCAAUCAGGUGGUAUGCUCCUAACCUUAGAUUUUGUAGCAUCCUCUCCGGUUCAAUUUUUAUUUGGUAUUUGGGUUUUUGGUACCUUAUAAAUGUUGUAAAUUAAUGUUUUCAAUUAGAGUUCUCAACAUUUAGGAGGUUAAUAACAGAUUUGGGAUCGAGCCCUCUGUUAAAACAUUCA